UGCUGUGGUGCCUCGACACGCACGCAGUCUGAGAAAAAGGAGUGAAAGAGGAGCGCACAGCUUUAGGGAACCAGCGGGGAGAAGAACACUUUCAGAGGACCUUUUAUUUUGUAUUUCCUCGCCUCUUUGGGGUUAUUUUCCACCUAUUCCAACUGUUCUGCGGGCACACUGUCUCCAGUCAGUGGAGGAGCAGAAGGUCCAUCUGAACCCCCUAUUAUGCGGACACAUCAAGUCUCAGUAGUUUGGUCGGCAUGAGCGCUGCGCAAACGGACCCCCAGAAACUAUCUCCACGGACUGACUGACUGCAUUUGAAUAUUAUUUUCUCUCCUUUUUUUGCAUAAACAGUUCAAAGAUUGUGGAUUAUUGUUUUCCAGAGAUUUGGCUCUGUUGCUUCUGCUCGAAUGAGGAUAUUGGGUUUUUCAGGAGUCCGGGAUCCAAAGUAGGGAAAUAACCUCCAAAAAGCUGGAUAUUCUUGUCUAACUGGACUCCCAGUCAUCUUUUCAGCUAAUAUGAAGUCCAGCACUGUGUGGAUGUGCUUCUGCAUCUUUCUGCUGCUCUUAGACGAGGAGACAAAUUCCUGGGAUGGUGGCCCCUCAGCUCUGUCGUCGUCUCUGGCCACCUGGCCCACGGGGACUCCAAACACAGGCUCCGAGCUGGAGGCUCAGCCCGAGUGGGUGGACUGCAUCCAGGCCAGCGAAAUGUGCAACCAGAACCCUCACUGCAGCUCCCGGUACCGGGUGAUGCGCCAGUGCCUUGUGGGCAAAGAGAAGGAGACCAUGCUGGACAACAACAAGGAGUGCCAGGCUGCCCUGGAAGUGCUGCUGGUCAGCCCUUUGUACGACUGCCGCUGCAAGAGAGGGAUGAAAAAGGAGCUGCAGUGUCUGCAGACCUACUGGACCAUCCACAUGGGCCUUAACGAAGGUGGAGACAUGGAGGACUUAUCUCCCUAUGAACCUAUAGCCCCCAACCGCCAACCUGAUGAGUUUGGUUUGGCUGCUAUCUCUUCAGGGAUGCUCACGGUGCCCCCCAGAGGCUUCCACUGCCCCGACACGGAGAAAAACUGCAACCCUUGCCUGGUUGCCACCAAAGCCUGCAACCUCAACGGUAUUUGCAAGAGGCAGCGCUCCACAUACAUUACAACCUGCAGCAAGCUGGACACUAACAAGGGAGAGUCCUGCAACAGGAAGCGCUGCCACAAAGCACUGCGGGCGUUCCUGGACCGGGUUCCCCCUGAUCUCAGCCACGGACUGCUGUUCUGCCCCUGUCAGACUGAGGGCUGUGCUGAGAGACGACGGCAAACAAUAGUACCUGAAUGCUCCUACAUAGAUAAGGAGAAGCCCAACUGUUUGGAGCUGCGGAUGACCUGUCGCCAGGACUAUCUUUGCAGGUACAGACUGGCCGACUACAUGAAUAACUGCGGGAAGACUUCACACACCAUGGGCACCUGUCCCAAUAAAGACAAUCACCAAGCCUGCUUGGCCUCUUUUGUGAGGCUCAUCGGGACAGAAAUGACUCCCAACUAUGUUGACAGCAGCUCCUCCAACUGGACCAUCUCGCCGUGGUGCACCUGCAAGGGCAGCGGAAACCAAGAGGAGGAGUGUCUGAACUUCCUGCAACACUUCACUAACAACACAUGCCUAAGAUACUCCAUCCAGGCCUUUGGUUAUGGAAUGUACAACACGCCAAUAAUAAAUGUGACCGUUCAAACCCCGUCAUCUGUGUCAAAAACAUCGGAGCAGUGGUCUGUCAUUAUCCCAGAGUAUCCUGAACCAAGAGGUGGUGGCCCAGGCCUAGUAGAGAAUCACUCUCCUUGUCUCUGUGCCAGCAUCUGGGCUCGGCUUCCAAGCCUGGCUCUGGCUCUGAUCCUGGCCCAGCAUGCCUUGUAGAAGUGCCAGGAGGAGAAAAAAAAGAGGUCAUCCACCCACAAACUGAUCCCAAAGCAGAAGAUGUCAUUUCUGAGACUGAUAUUAGGAAGGAUGUGCAUCUGGUGACAUGAAAACCCCUUUGUGAAGGAGGAAAACAAGACUGAAAGUAGCGGGAAAUUAUUGAAACUCUGCAACUGUGACACUGUUGAUCAUCACCAAAAAGACCUUUGUUAGCAGAGGACAGCUUGAGAGCAAUGCCUUUUCUGACACAUGAAGCUGGGAGAUGUUCAAAGACACUAGACUUUUCUCACUAAAGAAGGGAGAGUUGUGAUAAACAACAAACUCAACAGAUGUAAGGACAAACAGUAAGUAAAAUGGUAAAGAGCUCCAGCCAAAAAAAAAAAAAACACACACACAGAAGGAAAGUUUUUGUUGCUUUGGUUGGGGUCAUGACUUACUCUUCUCUUGGAGGAAUAAACCACAAAGUUCAGUGGAUGAUUAAAUGUCUUUUCAACAAUUGUGUAAACUCUAAACUGUAAAGCCUCCUCGGUGUUUUAAAUGUUGGUAUACUGUAGUACCUGUGAUCAUAUUCAGUCUGACAGUACACCUUUGAAGCAGGCCAGAGAUGUUAACAUUUAAUGGUUCUAUGGUCAUUUUGAGAUGUUUGUCGUUAACCGUGGGUGUUCUCACAGCCACCUGCAUAUGUGUAUAACUAUGCCUUCAUAUAUAUUUCAAAAUAUAUAUAUAUAUCUAAAAACAACACCUUUCUUUCAUUUAGCUCAAUUGUAUCCAGUACCUGGAAAGGACAUGAAUAUCUGCUAAGAUUGCUUAGUAAUGGAAGGCCGUCAUGAUCUGCAUUUAUAGUCAUCUAUUAAAGCUUAAACACAAACUAUGUAUAAAGUGAUUAAAUUAAAAGAACCGUCUUCGAAAGCCA